UAAUGAGCCAUUUGGGACAGGCACUACAAAGUCAGCCCAUUCCCUUAGCUUGGGUCCUUAUCCAGCAUACCCAGAAGCUACAGAGAUUGAGAGAGAGGGGAACAAACAAACAAACAAACAAACAAACAAACGAGCUCAUCCACAACAUCGAUAAGUAUAAUAAAUAUUGCUUAUAUUAAAUAUGAACACUGACAUAAGUGUGAAACGUAUGUACUAAGACAGAGAAGUUAACUUGUGUGUCAACCCACAUUGUUAACUUAUCUGAUAACGGAGCAGGGAGGAGUGAUGAAUGUGUGCAUGCGUUAAAGUAACAAAUGCUGCCCGCGGCCAGUGACGGACUAGUACGUCACAUAUGUAUGAUAUAGCCUAGUCAGGCUAUGCCUUUCAAUAAGCUGUGAUGUCUAAAUGUGACAGGUUAGAUUAGUGGUACGUGAUGCAAGCAAGAAUUCCCUGAUGACUGCCAAUAUGGGCCCAGUAGCAAAAGACCCAAUCUCAACAGCAUGGCACACAGUCAUGGUCAAGGUGAGAAGCUCUAAUUGGGAUAGGUCCAAAUAGGCUUGGCUUUACUAUUUGGUUCCUUUGACCACCAGAGCAUCCCAGACAGUAGUUAUCACAGCUAAUAUCUUUGAUGUCUUUAUUGUUUUUUCAUCUCUUAGUUCAAAUGCUGUGGUUUUGAGAACUCUACUGUAGAUUUCAGGGGCUCUGUGUUCAGUACAACCAUGGGUUUGAACUACCCUAAGACUUGCUGCGUGAACAAGACCCUUGCAGACUGUGACGGUAUCACCAUCACUCCAAGUCUGAUCCAACCACAGAGCUGCUUUGGUAAGGUCAUUACAGUGAUCAGAGAGCAGAGUGUCAUCCUGGGAUCAGCAGCUGGCUGCAUAUGUAUGAUGGAGUUAUUCUCCAUGAUCCUUGCCAUGGUUUUGUUUGUGAAGUUGGGGCUCAUGAGGCAUCCAUAGUGAAGCCAAAGGGUCCAUCCACACCUGGAGGACACCAACAACCCCCACAGGCAACAAUAAAGUUCUGCU